ACCCUGGAGGUCUGAUGGGGGUGGAGGUCGGCGAGCUGUCCAGCAUAGAGCUGUCAGGACUUGGGAGGCUGGUAACCGGGGAGACUCAGGCUCGGGAGGGUGGUGGAUCCCCAAAGGUGGCUAUGGCAGUGAGUUUAGAAUCCACAGACAGCUGUGUUGGUUUGGGUUGAGGAGUGGGACUGUGGCAUUGGGUUGGAAUUGGAAACCCUGGGAGGUGGUGUGCGGGUAUGCCCGAGAACUCUUGUCAAGACGUAGAAGUCGUUGGUGAGAACUAUCACCCUGGGGUUUAAGAGCUGGUCCGUGGCGAUCGGCAAUGCGGAAAAGGAACAGUAAAAGAGUGUGCAUGACGGGGGGCAGGGAGGUGGUGCUAAAAAGGUGACCAGGACCCAUGCCCAGCUAGCGUGGGAGGAAAAGUUAUUGAAGUGUGGUCUUAGCCAGGUAGUCCGGGAAAAUGUACCUUGAAGAGCUUACUGUGUUGCAGGCUGGGUGCAGAAAUGCGGUAGAAAGGAAUGGAGGGACCUGGCGGCUGUGCUGGCCGGGAUGCGGGUUGCAGUGCCGCCGAGGAUUGCAGGGAAGAGAGUCCCCAGGCCCGGGUGCAGGGGGAGUGGAGGCAGCCGGGCAGUGGCUAGACCGGGCGCUCCAACGUUUGGGUUUGGCCUUGAUAGCGAACCACUUUGUGAAAAUGAAUGAAGAGAAUGCGGCUGCUAAUAGGGCUCCCACAGAAGAAAACAAUUAGCCAGGUGUUCUUUCCAGUUCCACCUUCAUUCUUUCUCUGGACAUGUUGUGCUGUAGUGUGCUUUGAGUUCCCAGUAGAUAUCUGAUACGAAGUGACCAAGCUGUGCAUCGUGUACAUUUGGGGAACAGGUUGGUUCUUUUUAAACGGACAACUGUUGCUUUUCCAUAUGGUGGGCUGAAAAGGACAGGAUAAAAGGAUUUCUGGUCGGUCCUAUUUCAGGGCAAGAUGCGGUUCUGUUGAAACGCCAAUCUGCUUUGAUUCACAGACGAGUCGUUUCAGCUGGGAAGCCUUUUUUUUUUUUUUCUGCUGGCCUACUGAACUUAUGAAACCAUGGCAGAAGGAGAGACAGAGUCACCUGGGCCCAAAAAGCGCGGUCCUUACAUCUCAUCUGUAACUAGCUGGAGUGUAAAUUUGAUGAUUCGAGGAGUAGUGCUGUUUUUUAUUGGAGUAUUUCUGGCAUUAGUGUUAAAUUUACUUCAGAUUCAGAGAAACGUGACCCUUUUCCCACCUGAUGUGAUUGCAAGCAUCUUUUCUUCAGCAUGGUGGGUACCACCGUGCUGUGGCACAGCUUCAGCUGUGAUUGGGUUAUUAUACCCCUGCAUUGACAGGCAUCUAGGAGAACCCCAUAAAUUUAAAAGAGAGUGGUCCAGUGUAAUGCGGUGCGUAGCCGUCUUUGUCGGUAUAAAUCAUGCCAGCGCUAAAGUGGACUUUGAUAACAACAUACAGUUGUCUCUCACACUGGCUGCACUCUCCAUUGGACUGUGGUGGACUUUUGAUAGAUCUCGAACUGGUUUUGGCCUUGGAGUAGGAAUUGCUUUCUUGGCAACCUUGGUCACUCAACUGCUAGUCUAUAAUGGUGUUUAUCAAUAUACUUCUCCAGAUUUUCUCUAUGUUCGCUCUUGGUUACCAUGUAUAUUUUUUGCUGGAGGCAUAACAAUGGGAAAUAUUGGUCGACAACUGGCAAUGAGAACUUUGGAUGUUUUAAUAUAUAAUGAAGAUGAACUUCCAUAGAACAUUUUCAAACCUGCAUUACUGGAGAGAGUCCAAAGAGUAAUUUUCUGUUUUGGCAGAUUUUACUGGAGGUAAAAGUGAUGAGCAGAAAAGGCUAUCAGCAUUAAAUUGUUUUUUCUCUAAACCUAAAAGAGUAAAUAUAUAUAAAUAAAAGUAAUGACCAUUGGGGAAUUUACCUAGAAUAAAUGUAUGUUUUAGAAAUACAAAAUGACCUUCUGCAGUGCCACAAAGUGUUGAGUAAUAUUAACUGUUAUUCGCAAUAUAGAAUCCUUCUGCUUUUGUACAUGGAACACCUAAAAAAUCCCAAACAGAUCUAAAUGAAGUUUCUAAUUCUAUUGGGUUCUGUCCUUGGGUUCCAAAAUCUAUUGGGCUGUAUAAAUUAAACCACUUUGGUUGUGCUGGGUCAUUGUCAGAGGAAUGCCAUCUGGGGAAUGCCUGGGCACAUAAUUUCCUAUCUAUUCAUAUGCCCAUUAGUGAAUAGUUCAAAUCUGUUUAAGAAUGUAUUGAGAUGGCAUAUCAUGCAUGUUAGAAAUCUUGAUAACAAUUUUGUGUAUUUUUUUUUUUAACACAACUAGAGUCAUUUAAAUAUGGCUUGAAUAUAUUUUUAGUUAACUUUUCCCUCAAUUUUCAGUUUUGAAAUUGAUGGCAAUUUUUUGAUACACAAGGAUGAAUGAAAUCUUCUGCUUACUCUGUGUUUGUGUUUGUGUGUGUGCGUAUGUGCUGAACUGAGUGAGAGAGAGAAUAUAUAUGUGUGUAUGUAUAUGUAUGUGCAUGUGCCCAUGCUCUUUUGACAUGUUAACUAGAAAUUUAAAAAUUUGGAUAUAAAACCAUUGCUGUCAGACUGAGAUCUUGUAUGCCAAACUUUAAUGUGCUUUUUACAUUUUAAGGCUGAAAGUGUUAAAAUCCUAAGAGGAUUUGAUAUUGAAUAAAUGUAAACAAUCUUAA